GCGGCAGCCAUUUCCAACGAGCUGGCGGGGGCGAAAGAUGGCGACGCCCGUCGGGUGGUCGCCGGGAGGGUCAGGAUCAGUGUGUCUCGCCUUCGAUCAACUGCGAGACGUGAUUGAGUCUCAGGAGGAACUGAUCCAGCAGCUGAGGAACGUGAUGGUUCUCCAGGACGAAAAUUUUGUCAGUAAAGAAGAGUUCCAGGCAGUGGAGAAAAAGCUGGUGGAAGAGAAAGCUGCCCAUGCCAAGACCAAGGUUCUCCUGGCCAAGGAAGAGGAGAAGUUGCAGUUUGCCCUCGGAGAGGUAGAGGUGCUGUCUAAACAGCUGGAGAAAGAGAAGCUGGCCUUUGAAAAGGCGCUCUCCAGUGUCAAGAGCAGAGCCCUGCAGGAGUCCAGCAAGAAGGACCAGCUCAUCACCAAGUGCAAUGCAUUCAUUUUGAGUAGGCCAGAAUUCAAGCCCAAAAGAGGUUCAGUGUCUCUCCUGAUGGGCCCCCACCUGGAGCCUUGGGCACCCCCUACCCACCAGUGCAGCCUUCUCUCUCCCCUGGAGAGGCCACCGCAAUGAGAAGCCCACGCACCGCAACAAAGAGUAGCCCCUGCUCACCGCAACUAGAGAAAAGCCCGCGCGCAGCAACGAAGACUCAACGCAGCCAAAAAUAAAAUAAAUUAAAUAAAUUAAUUAAAAUAAAAAGAAAAAGAGCUCCUGUUAGGACCUCCUGGAGACCAACAGGCAGUCAGUGCCUCCAUACCCAAGGAUGUUGGUCUCCUAGUCCUUCCCCUUUCCCUGGACAUCCCCCAACUUCCCUAAAAGGAACCUAGGGUUCUUUCCUGGUGCUGCUAGAGGCCCUUCCUCUAGGACAUUUCCUAGAGAGCAGCCAGGGCCUCGGGGCUCUGCGUCUGCUUGUGGAGGGUGUGUGAGUCACGGGGAGGAGCCUGGCCGCCUCCCCCAAGAAUGUCCUGAACUCCUCCAGUCGGGCAUAAGCCCUCACCUGAGGAGACCUGGUGACCUGAGCUACCCUCUGGCCUGUCUCCCACCCCCCCACCUCCCUUUGCAUGGUUCCAGUUUUACACUCACAUAGUUCCCUAUUCUUCUCAAAAGGCUUUUCUAACCAUUCUCUCAUUGGGUGCCGUUUAUUCUAAAUUUAGCUCGCAUUUAUUUUAAAAAAUUCAAACACAUUUAUGAUACUUUUUUCCCAUAAGAACUUCACAAGCAAUCAGUUUGGAUUCACUGGAUGACCCGGGGAAGGAGGUUCAAUAGUCCUGGUCCUGUGACCCAGUGAGCCCAUGUUUUCAUUCUUUUCCUUCACCCAUGUCUCUCUGUAACGUGUGCCUUAACUUUUUAUCAGAUCUUCUCUUUUGAAACCUUCACUGCUUCAGUAUUUCUGCAUUUUCAGGGCUUAUGUUCUAGUUAAUCUUCGUCCAGCCUUUAAAAGCAGUAGGAUUUUCUUCCUUUGAGGAUCAGAAUUUUCCAGGACUCCCUGAGGGACAUUAUGUAAAUGAAGCAACCCCAGAUCCCUACAGCCUCAAUGGAUUUUAACCCAAGACACAAAACUUACGCUUGCUUCUAAUGAGCACUUAAUCUGGGGGUAAGCUUUGCCACCACUAUCUCCCUGGGUCCUCCCCACCCGCCCUGUGGAAUAGGGAUCCUGUCUUCUCCCCUGAAGCCCUAACACAGGGCUGGGCAUCCAGCUGGUCCUCAGUAUGUCUGGUUGGAUUGAAAUGACUGAACUAGGUGAUGUUUCUAAGACCUAAAGGCCCAGGGGACAUCCUGUUCAUUCCACAAAUAAAAGUAUUGUACAUCUA